UUGAUUGUGCAUUAUUGUUAUUAUUUUUAGGUCAAAAUUUCCUGACAAUAAAAAAAUUAACAAAAAUCAAUUUUUUUUGUUUGCCCUUCGCCACCACAAUCACACUCUCACUCUCCUCUGCAACCUAGCCAUUAGAGAAACACAACCACACCCUAACCAUGAGCAAUAGCGGCGGCGGAGGUAGAACCGGUCGUGGUAGUGGCGGCGGCGGCAGUGGAGGUGGGAGUGGUAGAGUUAUGAUCCCGGAAACAGUACGGAAAACAAUUUUAAGCAUAAGGGAAACUACAGGAAGACAACACAGUGAUGAAGAUAUUUAUUCUGUUCUUAAAGAUUGUGCUAUGGAUCCUAACGAAACUGCGCAGAAGUUACUUUAUUUAGAUACAUUUCAUGAGGUGAAAAGUAAACGAGAUCGAAGAAAGGAGAUAUCAAGCACCCAAAGUCGAGGGGCAAGGGGCGGUCGAGGAAACAAUUAUGCAAAUCAUAUCCAUCCUGAUACAAUGGGUCGGAAAAUUGCAGCUCCUCGAAGGGAAAAUGGAGUCAACCACACGAAAGAGAAAGGCUAUCCACCCUCUUUUCCGGUUAUGCAGAAUACAAUCAGUAAUCCUGUAAUCAAGGAGACAAAGGCUUCAGCAGUGAUGCCUAAUGGUUCUUUGACUUUACCCAAUGGGGGUUCCACUCUUGGAAGGGGCCCACAGUCGCCUACAAAAGAAGCUGUUAAUAUUACUAUAGAUAGCUCAGUUAUUGAUGCCAAGAAGCCUGGAAAGACAUCGAUCUUCCCAACUGUUCCAUUGUCUCCACUUAAUCAGACAUCUGAGUGUGUGGUUCAAGUUCAGCAAGGAAAGACUGCACCGAUUCUGAAUCAUCUCCCAACUCCCAAAUCAGCAUCAGUUUCUGGUGUGAAUUCUUCUACAUCAGAUCCUGUAUUGGCACCAUCUAUGGCAUGGCAUACUGGUACCAUGGCUGCAAUCAAGCGUGAAGUGGGAAGCCGUCAAGGGGAUGCAGGACAUAAUUACCUGCAAGGAUAUAAACCUGUGUCCCCUGAUGUUUCUCCGAAGCUUCUUAAGAAUGAAAAAGCAGGCUCUACUAUUGCUCCAUCUGGGAAACCGGAAAAGGUAUCCUCCAAGAUGCAGUCAACUGAAAAGAAUGAGUUAUCAAGAACUCUUCAACCUCCUUUGUCAACUGAUGACAGUUCUUUAGCUGUCCGGCCUGGAAGCAGUGAUAACCAUGCAUCACAGGAUUCUGUCCUUCCUUUAGCAGUGGUUUCAUCAGAAGAGUCACAAGCUGAAGACAGUUCUCUGAUGUCAUCUGAGCAAUCUGUACCUAAUGGACAUGUUAUAUUUCCAAAUCACUUCAAAGUACCUGAAGCUUUGAAAAGUGGAUUGUCUUUUGGAAGUUUUGAAACCAAUUCUGGAGUGGGAUCAAAUGGCAAUGACAAUAGUUAUGAUGUCAACUCUGCGGAUUCUGUUGAAUUGUCGCAUGGGACUGAUGAAACUGCUAGAGAGGCUUCUUUAAGCAGUCAGAGCGCUUCUUCUAUUGUACAAGUGGAUUAUCCUGACCAGCCAGAAUCUCCUCAAGAAGUGUGUGAUGAAUCAGGCAAAUCAGAUGGUCAUGUUGCACCUAAUGUUGACACAAAUUCUGAUAAGCCAAUUCAAGAAACGAUGCCCAUUUUGGAAGGCCACCACAACCCUGCUGUUCAUUUCCCUCCGAACUAUGGUUUUGGAUUUAUACCACACAUGCAAGGGGGACACUAUGUACACUAUGAGGGACACGAGAUUCAGAGUGAGAAUCCUACAGCUUCAUCUGGUCCAAGUCCAAGUCUAAGUCCAACGCCAGCGCAAAAUUCUAUAGCUGCUUCUCCACAUCCUCUUCUUUUCAGGCCCCCCUAUCCUCCAAGCUACUUCCCAUAUGGCUAUUUUAACCCUUAUUUCUUACCAGCAAUGCACCAAUUCUUAAGCCACAAUGGAAUUGCACAACAGCCAUCCACUGGCAAUCCGUAUCUUACACAAGCAGCUCCUACGCCUGGUGUGAAGUUCCCUCUUCCACAAUUUAAGCCUGGAACUAGCAAUGGAAACUCAACUCCAAUUGGAAUUCAAGGAUUAUACGGUUCAUAUGGCACCUCUCCUAUUGGUUUCAAUCCCGGUCCAGCUGUGACCGCGGGAAGUGCUGUCAGCAACGAGGAUCUAACAGCAUCUCAGCUGAAGGAAAAUCAAAUCUACACGACAGGAGCACUGAACGAUGUUUCCGCUUGGAUCUCUCCGCCGGGCCCAGAUAUGUCGAAUUUGCACCUUAAUCCUAUGUACCAUCUAACCCCUCAAGGGCAGCACCUAGCCUUCUCCCAUGUACAGCCCGGUCAUAGUCCUUAUCCAGGAAUUUAUCCGCAAAUGCAGACAAUGGGUGCUCCUCCAACUGUCAUGCAACAGUCUCAGCCGAUGUCUGUAACUGCAGAAACCGUUGGACCCCCAUCCGGUGCUUAUCAGCAGGCUCAACUUGCACAAAUGAACUGGAACUCUAGUUAUUAAUAGAACAGGUGAAACCUAAGUUGCUUCAAAUUAAAAUGUACGACAGGUGUGGAUCAAUGACAGCCUGACAGUGCUUCUGAAAGAUGGCCUGAUCUGAGUGUAAAUAUGAAGUGCGGCCGGGAAAUUGUAGGUUAAUAUCAUAGGUGGGGAUAGACAUGCUGACAUUAAGUUUCAAUAUGAUAGGUCAAGGCAUUUUUGUUGUUCUAGUUUGCAUUUCCCCCAUCUCUUUUCAGUAGAAAUUUUAUUUUGGAUAGUGUAUUUUUUUUUUGUUUUUUUGGCCGUUAUGCUGAAACUUAUAAUUUUCUGGAGAUGCCCUUAGAAAUUGGAGCGGAGGAGUUGAGGAUAGGUGGGAUUUUACCAAAUUUUCCUUUUCAGAUGUCUCACCUGUAUAUUAGAAUUUGGGGAACAAAGAUUUAUACAAUAUCAAUUGAUAUAUCAGAAUUUUCUGUUAUAUUUUGUUUUAA